GUUUUAGGCAUGCCCAAAAUUAGUGUUCAAAAAAAGUGGGCGACCUUAUGACCAAAAUCUGUCCCCCUUGAUUAAUUUGGCUCUCCCUCUGGCCUCCGUCCAGAACCAGAACAGACCCUUACCCUUUUGGUCUUUCCCUUUCCUGCCUACACCUUGUUUGAGCGAGCGACAGAGAAAAUCCCAUUUCUUGUGCUGAAUAACAUCUUUCUCUUACAAACAAACCCUACAACAACAUCAACAAAUCCUCUUGAAUGGCUAAUAAUAACAAACACACCAUUAUACUGAUGCAAGCAUCUCAGAACCGAGCAACAAGAACUUUUAUGGACUACGAAUCUAUAAGUCAGGCCAUAGAUGGUAUUUGUGGACUGUAUGAACGGAAGCUUAAAGAGCUCGAUCCUAUGAAUAGAGACAUCACGUAUGACAUUGCGGAUCUCUAUAAUUACAUUGAUGGCCUUGGCGAUAUGAGUGCGUUAGUCUACGAACAGUCUAUUCAAGCUUACCUGCCAUACGAUCGUCAGUGGAUCAAGCAUCGUACCUUUCAGCACCUCAAGAAAUUGGCAUCAGGAACUCGCUAGUUAAUAUCUGGAUUCAAUAUGAGUAUCACAAAAGCAAGAAGAUCUAAAUGAAAAUCAUGGACGUGUGUGAGGGCUAUCCUGCGCAGGUGGAUUUCAGGACAAGUAUUAUUUGUAGUGUUAACUGUUAAGUGUCUACAUUGGCUUGUUUUUUGUUUUCUGUCCAGGUCAGGUAAUUUCUUGUUUAGCAAGGCCCUACUCAUCUUUUUUCUUUUGGACAAGAAAACCGAACUUUUAUUAAACAGAUACCUAGUACAAAAUGGACGAGUUCUUAAAUCCUAGCUGUGAAGUGUGGAGGUUUCUGAACCUGUGUACAGUUUAUAUAAUCUUCUGCAGCAGCCUGUUUACUAUGCCCA